AUGGACAUCACUCAAUUCGUCGCCACGAAGCGUGAAGCGCUCCUCAUCGGCGACUACAACUCCUACCGUGCCUCCCUGUCGCGGCAACUCCUCGCAACCCGCAAGCGAUUGGGACGAGCAACGAACAAGCGAGAGAAGUUUACCAAGAAGGCGGUGACCGCAGAAGACAUCGGCCGCAAUCAUGAGUUUGUUCACCUACUGCUUCUCACUGCCGAGCGUGCUUAUGCCCACGCCAUGCAAAUCAAGACCACGCACUCCGAGGACUCCAAGGGCAUCACGGGAUCCACGCGCACCCACAUCAUCUCGAGAUUAAACAAAGCCGCCAAGACGGCGCGCGAGCUCGUGGAUUUGUUGCGGGACAAGACUGUGUCCAAAGCUAGCGAUCAGGAUGUGCUAGAAGCCAGAGCGUAUCAAGCGGCACUGGCUGGGCAGGAGCAGUUUGAGAAGCAGUCAGAGGGCAAGCGAUCUGCAGACGAGCAGGCCAGUGAGGGAAGAUGGCAAGCCUGCUUGAAGUAUUACUCGGAAGCAAGAGUGAUAUAUGCAGCGCUGUUGGAGAAGGACAAGAACGAGGUGUACAGGGAGAUACUGGCCAAUACCGUGGAUCCAACGAUACGUUAUGCUGCAUACCAAGCACACCUUUCCCGGACCAUUGCAAUUCCGACCGUCGCCAAGCGAUACUUUCCCAAGGACGACUCUGAACUCGUCAGUGCGGUCGAGAAGAUUGAUCCAUACGCACUCAAGGACCAACCAGCGCCCAAAACAGAAAGUGAAGAGCAGGCAUCGCCGCAAGCAAUCCCAAACAGCGUUACUUGGAGAGGUCGCAAAGCCAACAUCGUGGAUGCAUCAAUUGGUCAGGCUUUGGCGAAUGUGUCUACGGCAGAAGCCCGCCUCCGCUCGCACUUGACCUCGAAUCCAACCGCGUCGGCACGAGACAAGGCUGCAGCAUACGACGAUGUGCUCAUUGCUUCUCAAGACGCUGCGGAUGCUACUAAGAGGGCAACCGAUGAACUUGAGAAGGAGCGUGUUGAUGAAGGCGACGCCCGCAUGCAGAAUCUGCGGGUGACAAGUCUCUCGGUUAACUACGAUCUUGUGUCAUGGCGUAUCGGCCGAAAUCGUAUACUCAUUGGCGAGAACGAUGGUAUGACAUUCGAGACAAAGCGUCAGAGGAAACCAAAGCGGUCACGCAAAGACGGUACCGAGUAUCCCGAGAAAGAUGAGCCACGAGCACGAAAGCUUGCCAGGUUACGUGAGCGAGUCGUCCUCUACGACGCAACCAUCCAGAGCAUCAAUUCAAUAAAAGAGCUGCGUGGUGCAAUGCGCGACGAAAGUUUCGUUGAUGAGCUCGAUGGCAAGGCAGACUACUUCCGCGCCCUCAAAUGCUUGAAUAUAUCGUAUUCGCACAGCUUGCUGGGGAACCAUCUGAAUGCGCUUGCAUUGCUCAAGCGCGCUCAGGAGCUGGUAUCAAAGCCAUUGCCGGGUGGAACAACUCGAUCCGACGGGAGCUCACCUCCUACAUUGGAUAUUCAGCCGCAUGUCUCGGAAAAGCUUCAUACCCACGUAGAGUCGCUUGCAUCUCGUAUGCAUGCCAUAGUCGAAAUGCAUACUCUGGAGUCGAAUUCAGCUAUUGCAGCGGCAAAGCACAUGACAUCUGCCGCACCAAUUGUUCAGCGCCUGAAUGAUUACCCGACUCCAGGCACCAAAGUUGACCUGAAGAAUCUGGUCACCUACCCGCCGCAGAUUGAGCCGGUGCCUGUGAAGCCAUUAUUCUUGGAUGUCGCAUUCAACUACAUUGAUUAUCCUGGUCGACAAAUAACCACCGCCUCAGAUACUCCCAAGCAAUCACUGACGAACGGAGUUGAGGAGAAAUCCGCACAGCAGCCCCAGCAGAAGAAGGGAUGGUUCAGCUUUGGGCGUUAA